ACGCCCAGACAGUCAACGGGGGGGAAGACGAGGAUCUCCAAUGGAACCAAACCAUGUCCACAGCUGAGGAGGUGUUCCUCUCUGGACUUCCCUCAAGGACACGAUAUGUUGUCAGGGUCAUCUGUGAUUGUGGAUCAGCCGGCAGAAGCAAAGAAAGCGUCUCUGUUCGUGUCCUCACAACUUCACGUGAAUUUGCACGUCUUGCAGAACACCUGAAACAUAUCAGCAGACGGAUGAAUUCUAAAUCUCCCUCAGUUUACCAAUUGCCUCUGACAGAAGAAGAUAUGGAGAUCGAUGGAUGCCGCAAAUAUGACUUUGGCAAAGAAACCUCGAGGCCAAAUCGCACAAUAAUGCUUCUCGGAGCCACCGGAGCAGGAAAGACGACCCUCAUCAACGGGAUGAUCAACUACAUCGUUGGUGUGGAGUGGAAGGACACGUUCAGAUUCCAGAUAGUCUGUGAGGAUCAAACAAGAUCACAAGCUCACAGCCAGACUUCUGAAGUCACUGUGUACAGAGUCCACCACCAGGAGGGGUUCCAGAUCCCGUUCACGCUGACGGUCGUGGACACGCCAGGCUUUGGGGGUGUGAAAGGCAUCGCAAGAGACCGGGAGAUCACAGAGCAAAUCCGGAGACUGUUCACCUCCGUGAAUGGAGUCGGUGAGAUUGAUGCGGUGUGUUUUGUGACUCAGGCCUCUCUUGCACGACUAUCCGCAACACAGCGGUUUGUGUUUGAUUCGGUGCUCUCCAUCUUUGGCAAAGAUGUGGAAGAGAACAUUGAGAUGCUGGUGACUUUUGCAGAUGGAAAGCAGCCACCGGUUCUGGAAGCAGUUAACGCCUCUGAGAUCCAAUGUCCCAAAAACGACUUUGGGCUCCCGGUUCAUUUCAAGUUCAACAACUCUGCAUGGUUUGCACACAAGAGGGGCAGCGGCAGGGGCAGCGGCAGGGACGGGGGCAGCGGCGGAGGCGGUGGCAGGGGCGGCGGUGGCAGCGGCGGGGGCGGCAGGGGCAGGGGCAGCGGCAGGGAUGGGGGCAGCGACGGGGGCGGCGGCAGCAGGGGCAGUGGCGGGGGCAGUGCCAGGGGCGGCAGGGGCAGCGGGGGUGGGGCGGUGGCGGCAGCGGCGGGGCAGGGAUGGGGGCAGCAGCGGCAGGGGCAGCAGCAGGGGCAGGGGCAGCGGCGGGGGGGGCGGUGGCGGCGCGGCGGGGUAGCGGCGGUGGCGGCGGCAGGGGCAGUGGCGGCGGUGGCGGCGGCGGCGAUCCACUUUAUAUCUGGUCAGUACAGCCUGAACACCGAAGUGAGUCAGACUUAG